UGCCCCCUUCUUUGCCUGUUAUCUUGAUCUGAAACUCCCUAUGCUAUGUGGUGGCAGCCAUUUUAAUUUGGUCACUGUCUCUCUCAGCGAGACGCCAACCAGUGCAAAAAAAAAGAGCCUGACAACAGGAACUGGAACCCCGCUUCCCCUUUCUCAGCCCCGCUGUCUUUGGCAUUGGGUGUCGCUGUCUUGAAGAGAGAGCGAACCUGAUGGUACGUCGUCGCUGUGUUUUAUUGUACUGUCUGUGGAGCUUGGAUUCACCACCCCUAUUGAAGGGCUCAUCUUGAAGACCGUUUUGAGGAUUUUCUGUUGCUCAUUCAUUGACUAAUGCCAUGAAUUGUGAAGAAGAGAGUGCAGAGAAGAAGGCAGUCCAUUCCUGGUCCAGAAUCUCCUCAGCUGGACAAACUGCAUUAGUGGAAGCCUUGAGAGUGUUCAGCCCCAUGUCAAAGGACCUUCUUGACACUGAGACACAACUGGUAUCUUUCCUUGAGAGUCUUAAGGAAGAAGGGCACAAGGCCACCGUUCUGAGAAGCAAGGACGUUUACGGGUACGAAUCCUGUAUGGCAGAAACUCCAUCGGCAGAAAUGGCUUUGAAAUCUGCGGGCACGUGUGCUAAAGUCAAAGUGGUAAAGAAACGAUCUAGAAAAGCUGCAUCCAAGAAAAAGGAAAUCAAAUAUACUUUAAGUGCCGCUUCUCAAAUAAUCUUCAAAAGACAACCAAAAAUCCUGUUGAGAAAUCUUUCGCAGGAGUCGCUAAGGCACACAAUGGCGGUCCUGUCGAAACCUUCAUCCUCCACUGCACUCUUGGGGAACAGUAAUGGAAACCAGCCGUGCUUAACAUUAACAAAACUAACUGCACCUUCAGGGAGUCCAACAGCCAGGCUACAAAUCCAUUCAGACUUUAGGUCCCUUGGGAUUUCUAUGUCAAAUUCUCUCAGAACGCCAAAACUGUCAAUAACACAGGUGCAGCCUUUGGAGAAUGCAAGUAAAAUGACGAAAGGAGUUGCUUCCUGUCCAGUAAAAAUGUCUGUGUCGCUGAUUGGUGGCUCAGCACCCAUGUGCCAAAAUGGCAGAGUUUUGAGAGAAAGCAACAACUGCAAAACCUCUUCCAUUAGGAUCAGCAGAACCACCAGUGUGGAACCUGACAAGCUUUCUACGGACUGGACCGGAGUGGCUUCCAUGAAAGUGUUGAACAUCCAACAAGAGGUUCGUGUGAGGAAACGGAAGAGGCUAGGAGAAACUGAGGAGAUGCAACCGAGGAAGAAAACCUCCGCAAAUUCAACCCUGGCUGAUGAGGGUCAGGAAGAAUCUGAGAUAAGGGAGAACUACCUGAGGUCGAAGGUUAUCAAGGUGGACGAUACUACUUCCGAUGAAGAAGUGAGACGGAAAGCCCAAAAGAUCCUAAGAGUGAAUCUUUCACCGGUGAUAGAAAUAAGACCUCUGUUGGCUUAUCCUAGCCUCUGAAAUCGAACUCUUUUAACCCUUUGCAGUCCAUUUAUUAACUGCGCGUCAGGCACGCCAGGUCUAAUUAAUUUUCACACGCGCAGUUAAUUUUAUACGCGCUGUUUAAAAGUAUUUUUUUUCACAGUCAAACGGGUUUAAAUGGCCCUGCAUAUCAACAAAGCACUCACUAGGCAUCCCCAGCCCCGCCCCACCCUUUCGUUUACUAUAGCGUUCAGCUAUGUAAGAAAUAAAUAAUAAUAAUAAUAAUAAUAGUCGUACAUACCGAUCGAUCAUCUCCGGAUCACUCGUUUUAUCACCAAACUCCUCAAUAAUGCGAUCCAAGUCAUUAUUUUAUUACUAUAACAUCUGAAAAAAGCUCUGCAAAUGUCCAUGAUAGUCUCUGUGCGCUGACGCACUCAGCCAGCUUGUUUACAAUGAACGCCCCGUUAUCUGAUACCUGAUACCAUGUAUGACUAUUCAUGAGAUACGCCUUUUUUUUUUUUUUUUUUUUUUCUCCCCCGACUUGUCUUGGCUCCUGUCACUCCCACUCGGCAAUUGAAUGGUUUUCUCGGCUUUUUCCGGAGAAAAAACGACUAAACACCCGUUUAUUGCGUUGCUAUAAUGAUGUCGGACCCAGUCCGACAAAGGACCUGUGAGGAAUAAUUGCAAUGUCGGACCCAGUCCGACAAUGGACUGCAAAGGGUUAAUAGAAACCUUUUGCAUGUAAUAAAAGAUUCUGGCAGUCAAGGUUUUUACAAAUGGUGUUGGAUAAAAAUGGGGUAUGUGGCUUUGUGUUUAAGGAAGGUUUUCUGGUGUAGCUUUGCUAAUCUGGUAGUAUUUAUUCCUGAGGGUUAAGGCUGCCUAAACCUAUUGAAAUACUACAGCAGAUUCAGAACAAUGAGAAAUAGGGGUGCAUUCUAUCCAGCAAUUGUUUUGUAUCCCCCCCCCCCCCCCCCCACCUGGGUGGAAUGGGGGAUCGUCCUGGAUAUCUUUUUGUUUGUUUUUGUACAUGCCUCUUAAAUAUGGUGCAAUGUAAACAUAUGUACAACAGUUAUGGAAACGAAUUGUAAUAAUACUGCACUGUGACUUUUCGUAUUCAGUUUUUUAUUUUGAUUAUUUAAUUUUACAUUGUCAAGAAAAAAAAAAAAGAAAAAAAAAACUAAGAUAAGCCAUGUCAUUAUUUUUUACUAUGCAGUAUAAGUGUUGUCUAUUAAUGGGGAGCAAUUUAUUUGUGUUUCAGGAUGACCUUUCUAAUGUAAUAACAAACUAAAACCCUAUUUUAUGUAUUUGCAAUGUAGGCAUAAUCUGUUAAGGUGCCGUUCACUCUGGUGUAAAUCCAUACUGACCAUCAGUUAACCUGUGCCUGAAACAUUGUGGUUUGCGCAAGGCCAUGCUAGCUGUGGCCUGUGCUUCUAUCCAUUGCCUAUAAGUGGGAGGGCAGGCGGAGAGAAUACUGGAAAUGAGGUUUGAUAUCUCCUUGGAAAUACCCUAGUCGGAGAGAACAGCAUUUAUUUACUUUGCAUCAAAAAAAAAAAAAAAAGAAUUUAAAUACAGUAUAUGUUUAAAUGCAUUUUAAUUUGAGAAUCUGGUUAAAUGUGCUCCAUGUUAAAGUUUAAUAAUCUUGAUGACAGCUGGAUAUAUAGUCAUGUUUAAUUUCAUUCUGAAAUAUAUCGUCAUUUAUGCACUUUUUUUCUUCCCAUUGAAAACUGUUUAUUAAUCAUACAUACUGUGGUGAGGCAAGCUAUGAUUACAGACUGUUGCUUUAUUAGUUUUACUGGCCAAUACUGUUGCCAUGUAUGGAGCACCGAUUUGAAAUUCUGCACCCAAAGCAAGAGACCAGAAGAAAAGCUUUGCUCCUGGGGAUUUGGGUGUUAUUUUCAUGGCUAGAUGUUUUUUGUGAAUUAAAUCUUCCUGCAGAAAAAGGCAUUUACUGUACAAACCGCAAAAAACAUUACCUGCAGCUAACUAUUUUGUAAAAAUGAACUUUUUUUUUUUUUUGUAAAUAUCCAAAGACCACUAAAUUAUUUUAUUUCUCUUGAUGGGAGGGGUGCAUUUUUCACUUAAAUAUAUUUUCCACUUUUUAUUUAUAUUUUCAAACGAAAGGUGAGUAUUAUAAAAACAAAUAUUUUUUCAAUACAAUCAAAUCCGUCCUUAUUUCUAGAAACGCUGAAAAAGAAACGUUUAUUUUCUUUUUGUAGGACUUUUCACAGCUUGUCAACUAUUCAGUGCAAUAAAAAGUUCUCUCGUAUUGACGAACACGCAAAGUGUGUUUUUUCUAAUUUAAUUUUUUUGCUUUGUUUGGCCGCUGUAUAAAUGAUAUUUGGCCAUUCAAGUAUAAAGAUUGCAUUUACUUUGAAUCGCAUUAUUAUAAGGUCCCUAUUGUCUCAUGUUUUCAGCUGCCCUUGCAUACCCUAUUUGACCGCUGUUAAGUUCCUGUAUCUUUUGGAACAUACCCUUCUGAGUAAUGUACAGACCAGUAGAUUCACUGGCAAGUACUGUAGUCACCGGACAGUACUGAAGCCCUAAUGAGAGUACCACCAGCAUUUUUGGCUGAAAGGGUCCUUUUUUACAUCCAAAGCAAUAGCUUGCAUUUAAAUGUGUGUGUGUGUGUGUGAAACUGAAUAGUUGACUUCAGAGUGCCACAAGCUGUAAAAUCUCUACAACUUUGCACUUUUCUGAUGCUCGAGUCUUUUGAAGAAAACAAGAAAAAGAUGAGCAUUUGGCUCACAAGUUUGUACUUGACUCUUGGCGUUGUGUAUAUUUUAUUAACAAUUUUGCUUACAAGAACUUAUGAAUACCAUAAAUAGGUAAAGUGUUUUCAGACAUGUUCAUUUUUGUUCUCCCAACUUGUUCUUUAUACAAGUGAUGGUUUGUGAAAGUGUUCCAAGGCUUUGCUGUCAGUGUUGUAUAUUUGGUAUUAUUGUUCAGAAAUUGUGAAAAUAAACUUGUUUAAAAAAACAGAA